CAUGGUACUCAGUUUCCUACUUGUGGUGCUCUUUGCCAUCACUGGGACUGAUGGUUCUCAUAUUGUUGGAGGAAGGGAUGCUGCCCCCCACUCCCGCCCAUACAUGGCCUCACUGCAAAUUGGAGGUAGACAUUUCUGCGGAGGAGUACUGGUGAAAGAGGACUUUGUGCUCACAGCAGCACAUUGUGCUGUUUCUCAACCAUUCAGGGUUGUGCUCGGCAUUGAUACCCUGAGAGGUAAUGCGGAAACAAAGCAGCAGUUCCGUGUUCUCAGAUCCAUUCCACAUCCAGAGUACAACGACCUUGAAAAUGAUGUCAUGCUCUUGAAGCUAAGCGGCGAGGCUCAGCUGACUAAAGCCGUGCAGGUGAUCCCUCUGAAGUCUAAUAGAACGAAAAGUGGAAGUCAGUGCAUCACAGCCGGCUGGGGGGAUAUAGGAGAUAACAGGACUUUGGCAAACAGGCUUCAGGAAGUCAAUGUCACCAUUCUGACACAAAGGAUGUGUCGGAGAAGAUGGGGAAGCGCCACCAUAUCCAGGUCGAUGGUCUGUGGUGUCGGGGCCAAGAGGUUACAGGGUUUCUGCUCGGGAGAUUCAGGUGGUCCAUUGGUGUGUGAUGGAGCUGCAGCAGGCGUCGUCUCCUUUUCUGGACGGCGGUGUGGAAACCCCAGAACCCCUGAUGUUUACAUGCGCGUUUCAUCCUAUAUGGAAUGGAUUAGACGUGUGAUAAACAGCAGUUAAACUAAAUGCUAUUCUGAACUAUUUUGAAUUUAACUUUUAACAAUGUUAAUUUGAGUAGUCAAUUGUCUGGUUUAAUUUACUGUAACUUUUUUUCUCCUCCUCACUCUUCAUAUUUUUAUUAUCUAAAGCACCUUGUAUUGUCUUGUUUCUGAAAUGUGCUACACAAAUAAACUUGCCUUACCUUA